UUUUCGAAACAAGCCGUUUCUGGCAUUGACGCUGAAGCUCUCCGGCAGGCGCAGCUAUUUGUGACCGAGCUAUCCGCCUGGACAAAAAGGCCCCUACUCCUCACCGAGACUCACGCUGUGGUCCAGACCGGCUCCCCCCCCCUUUAACACUCCGCCAGAUUCGCUCUUCGACGAGCUCGAAAAGCUGGGUCGGAUGUGUGUGCCUCGUGGCUCAGAGGUGUUACCGACAAAUGCCUCCCAGGGAGGACGGGGCACCAAAGUCUUUUACCUGGAUAACCGGCGAUCCACGCAGCAAGAAGAACAUCACACAGAUUCGGCGACAUGCGGGGCAGAAUUCCGGGGUGAAAGCUGAGAACAGCGCUAGAGUUCGCUCAAGCUCCUCGCCGAGACCAGGACAUCGAGGCUCUGCAAAGGCCUUCAGAGCUGUCCACCCUACUUCCAAGGUUGACGAGACAGCUGAGAAGUCUUUUGACCCCCAACAAGAUGCGAGCAAUCUCCUUCACGUGAAUUACCCUCCCGGCGCUGCGGAAAAUGCCGCCGCUUCCUCACCUGCCCCCCAGAAUGAACCGGUCAAUGUCUAUCAACCAGCCCACCCCGUUCCGUCAAUAUUGAGGGAAGCAACUUCGACGAGCGAGGAGGCCCCUCCAAUACGAAAAGUCGCUAUCUGGGAUCUGGUCAAUCACUCGGCUGAGGAAGAGGAGAGGCAUAGACAGGAACUACUGGCGUCAACUCCAGGACAAGACACUGACGACGGCCGUCCCGACUAUUUUGGCAGCCACAUCGACCAUACAGAACUCAAGCAAGCAUUGAGCGAAGUACGGGCACAUUCACCUCGAAAUUCUCGAAAACUAUCUCCCUCCCCGGCUACCACAGCCCUGCAAGCCAACAUAUCCAAACGCCGGAAACCUCCUGUCCUGGCAGGUUCAUCAAACGCAUCAUGGCGCAUCGGUAUGGCGCCGUCCGCCGUCAUGACUCUGUCCAAGGAAGACUCACAAAUUGAGCAGAUCCUCUUACAAACCAGCACCUUCUACACGAGCAAAUUCGAGUCUUCGUGGUGCGGACAACUCCAUGAAAGCUACAAUUCUUUCGACAUGGUGAGCGUGGAAAACUUCAGCGGCUCCAUCACCACGGCCGCCGGACUCAUAGCUGUUGGAAGAAUCGAUUCAGCCUCAUCAAUAUUGAGCCGUGUUCUCCCUACCCUCUCGGACCUCUUGAUCUUGCAGCACCCAAAGCUUUACUAUGUCCUCGCCGAACUUAGUCUUGACGCCUCCAGCACCGAACUAGGACGGCUACGCAGCCAAGUGAAGAGGUUCGCCGCCGCCGCAUCUCUCACCAUCCUCGGCCCUUCCCACCCGAUCACAGCCCUUCUCCAGCUCACCCUCACGAACGCCGACCAGCGUCUCCGCCUCCGCGAACUGAUCCAGCGAAAAAUCCACGAGCUGCACGAACAACUCUUCAGCGCCACUUCCCACGAGACAACCGGGCAGUACUACUACCUCGCACGUGUGCUUGCCCAAUUGGGCCACCUAGAUGAAGCCGCCCGCAUCCUCACGCAAAUCAUUCCCAUAUGGGAGAAGACGUACGGGAAAAACAGCCUCCUGCCUGUGACCGGCUUCCUCGAACUCACCAAAGUCCAUCUCGCAUCGGGAAACACGUCCAAGGACACGGAAUCGCUCGUAUCCGAUGCGCUACGCCGCACAUUAGCUAUCGAAAAAUCCUCAGACGACCAGUCCUCUCGGCUGGCAGAAGUAGUGCACUCAAGGAUGGGCUGCCUAAGAACAUUGGGGCGGUUACAUGUCUUGAGGGGAAACGUGGAGACCGCCAUGAUGCAGUAUACCGCCGCGGUGAGUGUAGGUGUCGGGGAGCUGGGAGCGAGUGUGCCCGCUGUACAACUCGCCGUGGCGGAUCUGGAUACCGUAACUCGCAUGGCUGUGCAUUCAGACGAGGAGAACCCCCAGAAUGCGGACCGGGCAACGGCCCCACCAGUGAGGCUAGGGCCAGACGUAAGGGAAACGGCGAGGUUGAAUCUAAGUGCUUUGAAUACCAAGGGUCAAUGACGAGCGUUGCAGGCCGUGGGAUAUGGGCGUUUAGAUGGGCUAAUGGGAAACUUCAGCGGUGAAUUUCAGUAGAGCCUGCUGCAGGGGCGCCGCGGUUUCAGACGACGAUACGAGCGGUGGUGGCUUCCAGAGUCCCGUCUUUGUUAUAGUAAACCGGACCAGUACUGGCGGAGAGCCUCACGGACUUCACAUCAAGUUGUUUGUGCCGUGUGAACCAUAAAGGUGUCGAGAACGGCUUCCAAUGCUUGAUAUUUUGAAUUCUAGUUUGCUCUAGUUCCGGUUUUCUCCUCUUUUGCUUUGUUGCUUCU